CCCCUUGUGCUUCCGCUUUCCUUGUUUCUUCUCGUCUCUUUCGUCGCCACACCCUUGAGAUCUCUCCAUCGCUUCCCGGAGGAAAUCUCAGGUUGUUUUCAGCUUUGGGGUUUUUUGAUUUCAUCCUUUUCCCCAAUUUUCAGCUCCCAAUUCUUCCCUUCUUGUUCUAAUCUUACCCUUCGAUUCAACCCCACCCUCCUAAUCUCACUGAUUCCUUCAAUUUCAAUGGGAUCACUUUCUUUGUGAGUUUUCUUUUCACGUCACAACAGUUGAUCACCGAAGAAGCAAUUUUCCAAAUCUUUUUGUUGUUAAUCAAAAUUGCGUUUAUGGCGAUCCGAUUCACUGUUUCUUACUCCGGCUACGUGGCCCAAAACCUAGCCACCGCCUCCGGAAAAUCCAAUACAUGUCGAAUUUUUCACGAGGUUUUUUCUCGUCCUCGUAUAUUCCAGAAUCCCGACCGAGAUCCCGUCGCCGGGUACCGUCCGGCAGCAACGGCGGGUUCAAGGUGCUCGGUUUCGGCGUAUGCCACUCUCGCAUGUGAUUUUCUUGGCGUUGAGACCUCCUCCAAACCUUCUCCCCUCGUUGUUGGAUUGAUCUCGUUGGUAAAGUCAACGGCUGGUGGUGGUGGCGUUGGUGGUGGUUCUGGUGUUUUUGGGAUUUCGCCGUUGAAGGCGUCUUCCAUGAUUCCGUUUUUCCAAGGAUCGAAGUGGCUCCCAUGUAACGAGAUUAACAGUACGGAGGUUGAUAAAGGCGGUACUAGCUCGACGAAGUCCAAUCAGAGUACUACUGAUUGCGUGAAAACCUGCAAUGUUGCAAGUACCAAAAUCAUCGUUGAGAGGAACAAUUGGUUUUCAAAACUAUUGAAUGUUUGCUCCGAUGAUGCUAAGGCUGCCUUCACCGCUUUGAGUGUCAGUAUCUUAUUCCGAUCGCAGUUGGCUGAACCAAGAUCCAUCCCCUCUGCAUCCAUGAGCCCUACCCUUGAUGUGGGUGAUCGCAUUAUGGCCGAAAAGGUUUCAUACAUCUUUCGGAAGCCAGAAGUUUCAGAUAUUGUGAUCUUCAAGGCUCCUCCCAUUCUUCAGGAAUUUGGUUACAGUUCUGGGGAUGUAUUUAUAAAAAGAAUUGUAGCAAAGGCUGGAGAUUGGGUUGAGGUAAGAGGAGGUAAACUAUUAGUGAAUGGUGUAGCACAAGAUGAAGAAUUCAUCUUAGAGCCAUUAAAAUACGAAAUGAAACCUAUGCUUGUGCCAGAGGGUUAUGUCUUUGUGAUGGGUGACAACCGUAACAACAGUUUUGACUCGCACGACUGGGGUCCACUUCCGGUAAAAAACAUUGUGGGUAGGUCUGUGUUUCGCUAUUGGCCACCCACGAAGAUUUCAGACACGAUAUAUCAAGCGAAAAGAGUUUGCAGUCGUUCUUCAAUAUAUAACUACUAUCUGGGUAACCGUGUUGAUGAUGAAACGAAAUCAGUCAUUCUUGUAGUCUUUAAAGGUGAUUGA